AGAGAGAGAGAGAGAGAGAGAGUUGUCUGUGUUUUCUCACGUGAUUAUAAACCUAAACACUUCAACCUCCAUCUGUGCAUUUCUUAGCCACCUGACUGCCGAUUCGAGGUGAGGCGCAGCUGAUUGGCUGUGAGACAAAGUAAGUGGCAUUCUCGUGAUCCACUUGCACACCGUCUCCAAGGUCCGUGGGCUCCGCCCCCUCUCGGCGGUGUGGAAACAACACGCAUGGUCCGUAGACAGGCAGACCUUGGAGAGGCAGCUCAGAGACGCGGAUGGGCAACACCGGCGUGUGAAACAUGAAGCUUUCUGUGUCAGUGCGGGAGCAGUCAGAUCCCGACGGUGGCGGUGACAGAGCUUUGUGGAUUGUACCAGCAGCCCAAGGACUGAACUGUCUGAAGAUCCAGUGACAAACAAAAUGCCAGAAAAAACAUUACCAUCUUGCAGCCUUUGAAUCAUGGGAAAUGUCGAGAGCCAGAAUGGGGACCAUGGCCUCUACGGUAACGAGCGUGGCUAUCUGUCACGUAAGCACAUGUCUCGUUCUCUUCGCAUCUCGAACAAGCAGUCCAGACGCUCUCGACAUGCUUCAUCAGGGAAAAUAGAGCACAGGAACUCUGAGACGAGCACGCGCUCCAGUAGCACCCCCAGCAUCCCACAAUCCCUGGCUGACAAUGGCCUGGAACCUUUCAAUGAGACAAAUAUCCUCCCAGACUUUGGAAGCCCCAUUUGGGUAGAUCGUGUGGCCAUGAAUUUGCGGCCUGUGUCCUUUCACAAUGACCUGGCCAAUCCCUCGGUGCACAUGAAUACAAUGCACAUAACUUUACCCGGCCCCACUGCAGAGGAGGUGCAGGACGAAGAUGUGUACACAGGCGAGGUAACAUACCUCCAGAAAACCCGGGACGGGACAAAGGAGACCAUCAGUUUCAAGAAGAAGAGGUCCAAGUCUGCAGACAUGUGGCGAGAUGACAGCCUGGAGUUCUCCCUGUCGGACCUCAGCCAAGAACACCUGACCAGCACAGAGGAAAUCAUAGACACCGCCAACGAGAGAGACUUCACUGACUGCGAAGGCCACCUGCAGUCCAGCCCCACAGACUCCACCGAUAGGGCAAACUCCCUGGACGAACUGUACAGCCAGAAGAGCCCUGCCCGCAGGCAACCCCAUGGCCGCUAUGCCAAGUGGCACGAUGCCAACAGGGCUAUCAGGGAGGGCGAGGAUGACAAGAUGCUCUCCCCAUCUGAGGAGGAUGGGAACGCUUACGGUGCAUUUACACUUCCUUGCCGGCGUUCCCACUGCCUGUCCGAAGGCCUGAGCAGCCACCAAGCUGCCAUGUGUGCCAGUAUGCAGGGCAGGAGGGCACAGACUAUACAGGAUGUCACAGCCGGGGAGGGCAGCGAGUACGAGGACAGCGGCAUCGAUGGGGUGACAGUGGAGGCCGAGCACCAGUCGAGACGUUACAAGACCAUGUCAGCCUCCUUCUCCGUGUGCUCGGCGCACGGUAGGAGCAUGUUCGCAGGCAGUGACAGCGGCAGCAGCAGCGGUGGCGGCGGGGCCAGCGAGGGCGUGCAGGGUGUGUACGAGAACUUUCGUCAGGAACUGGAGAUGAGCUCCUGCCAGACCGAGAGCUUGGAGGAGGCCGGGUCUGCUUUAAGUGACGAGCAGAGCACUAUGAGCUCGGCCUACCAGUCUGACCCGUUGCUCAGUGUCGCCCAGGGGAUGGUGCGCAAGGCCGGCAGGCUCGCCGUCAAGAACUUCCUCGUGCACAAGAAGAACAAGAAAGUGGAGUCGGCUACAAGGCGCAAGUGGAAGAGUUACUGGGUUUCCCUGAAAGGUUGCACUCUGUUCUUCUAUGAGACUGAUGGUCGUUCAGGGAUCGAUAACAACAGUAUUCCCAAACAUGCCAUCUGGGUAGAGAACAGUAUUGUCCAGGCUGUGCCAGAGCACCCCAAGAAGGACUUUGUGUUCUGUCUCAGCAACUCCCUGGGAGAUGCUUUUCUAUUCCAGACCUGCAGCCAGACAGAGCUGGAGAACUGGAUCACAGCCAUCCACUCAGCAUGUGCCACCGCCGUCGCCCGCCAGCACCACAGAGAGGACACGGUCCGGCUGCUUCGCGCCGAGAUCAAAAAGCUGGAGCAGAAGAUUGACAUGGACGAGAAAAUGAAGAAGAUGGGAGACAUGCAACUGUCUGCCGUUACCGACACCAAGAAGAGAAAGACGAUCCUGGAUCAAAUCUUCCUGUGGGAGCAGAACCUAGAGCAGUUUCACAUGGAUCUAUUCCGCUUCAGGUGCUACCUGGCCAGCCUGCAGGGAGGAGAGCUGCCCAACCCCAAACGCCUCCUGGCCUUUGCCUCUCGUCCCACCAAGCUGGCAAUGGGCCGGCUCGGUAUAUUCUCUGUCUCCUCCUUCCAUGCAUUGGUGGCAGCUCGCACCGAGACUGGAGUGAGACGCCGUACACAGGCCAUGUCUCGUUCCGGCAGCAAGCGGAAGAGCAGGUUCUCCUCCCUCUGGGGUCUGGACACUACCUCAAAGAAAAAGACAAAAGCCCAUCCCACUAUCAACCAGGUCUUUGCUGAUGGCGAAGAGCCAGUGAAAAAGCCCAUAGAUGGCAUAUAUGUCGAUCCUGCUAAGGAACACAGAAAAAAUGAGGAGGGAACUGUAAAAAGCCUUCCACGGCCCAGCACGGAGAGUGACAUCUGGGUCCCUGACCACCUCACCCCCUCCUGGGUGUGUCUGCCAAAUGACCAGCCGGUGCUAACAAUCAUCCAACCAGGGGAGUCUGCACUGUGCGUUCUGGAAACCAUCUGCAAGGCUCACCAGCUCGAUCCCACCAAGCACUAUUUGCGACUCAAAUUCCUUAUCGAAAACCAAGUGCAAUUCUACAUUCCUAAACCAGAGGAGGAUGUGUGCGACUUGCUCUACAAAGAAAUUGAGCUCUGCUCCAAAAUAACAAAAGUAAUCCAGUUUGACAGAGAUGAAUCCUGCAUGAUUGGUUACGGUUUCUCCAUUUCAGUGGUGGAGGAGGACGGAGUACAGCAGCUCUACAUCACCGAUGUGAAGGCGGGUGGAUUAGCCUUCGCCAAAGGUCUAAACGCAGGGGAUGAAAUACUUCAGCUGAACGGAAAAGACUCUCACAGUCUCAACUUCUCAGACAUGAAGGCAGCGUUCUCUCAAGCCUCUCUGGCUUUGACGGUCAACACCCUGCCUUCCGUGGACCGCCGUCAGCUGUGCUACGUGCCGCCUCGCCGCUCGGAUGCAGAGGAAGAUCUCUACACUGACAUCUUCUCCCAGAGUCAAGAGGAGAUCCUGGACGAUGGGGUGGGACUGUUGCUGGAGAGCUCAGGGGACAGCCUGGAUGACGACUCGGAGAUCUUCAGUGAGUUUGAUGAGUGCAGAAAGAGUACGGAGCAGGUCGCUGCUUUCUGCCGCAGUCUCCAUGACAUGAAUCCCUCGGAGUGUGUGUCCUCAUCGCCUAGCCCGGACUCGCCCUUCCCACCUCCUGCAACUCCCCGACAGCUCUCCGAUGCCGACAAGCUCCGCAAAGUCAUCUGUGAGCUCGUGGAGACCGAACGAACCUAUGUUAAAGAUCUCAAUUGCCUCAUUGGGAGAUAUUUAACCCCACUGCAGAAAGAGACCUUCCUCACUCAGGAUGAGCUGGAUGUACUGUUUGGGAACUUGCCGGAGAUGGUGGAGUUCCAAGUUGAGUUUCUCAAGACCCUGGAGGAUGGGACCAGACUGGUUCCAGAUCUGGAGAAGCUGGAGAGAGUGGAUCAGUUUAAGAAAAUCCUCUUCUCCCUCGGAGGCUCUUUCCUGUACUAUGCAGACCGUUUUAAAAUCUACAGUGCUUUUUGCGCCAGCCACACCAAAGUCCCUAAGGUCCUCGUAAAGGCCAAAACGGACCCUGAUUUCAAGGCCUUCCUGGAUGAGCGUAACCCCAAACAGCAGCACUCCUCCACUCUGGAAUCAUACCUAAUCAAACCCAUUCAGCGGGUGCUGAAGUAUCCCCUCCUGCUGAAGGAACUCUACUCGCUCACAGACCCAGACAGUGAGGAACACUACCACCUGGACGUUGCCAUGAAAGCCAUGAACAAAGUUGCCAGCCACAUUAAUGAGAUGCAGAAGAUCCAUGAGGAGUUUGGAGCGGUGUUCGAUCAGCUGAUCACGGAGCAGAGUGGUGAAAAGAAGGAGGUUGCUGAUCUGUCUAUGGGUGACUUGCUACUCCACACCAGCGUGACCUGGAUCAACCCCCCUGCCUCCUUAGGAAAAUGGAAGAAAGAGCCCCAGAUGGCUACAUUUGUUUUCAAAACGGCAGUCGUCUUUAUUUGCAAGGACGGGUCCAAGCAGAAGAAGAAAAUGGGUGGCUCCCAUCGAGUCUCUGUAUCCUCAGAUGAAAAAGACCCAUUCCGAUUCCGUCACAUGAUCCCAACCGACGCCCUUCAAGUCAGGUCCUUAGCCAAUACAGAUGGCGAGGGCUCUGCUGUGUGCGAGAUUGUCCACACAAAGUCGGAAUCGGAGGGAAGGCCAGAGAGGACAUUUCAGCUGUGCUGUAGCUCCCCAGAGAGUAGAAAAGACUUUCUGAAGACGGUCCAUUCCAUCUUGAGAGAAAAGCACCGCCGUCAGCUCUUAAAAACAGAGAGUUUACCCCUCAACCAGCAGUACGUGCCCUUUGGAGGGAAGCGUCUCUGCGCCCUGAAGGGAGCCCGCCCAGCCAUAAAUAGAGCAGCAUCUGCCCCAACAAGGACUCUGGGCAGGAGGAAGCUUGUGCGCAACCGCUUCACGAUUGACACCGACAUCGUUUUUGAUGGAGAACCCGAGCAACACCUUGCUUCACCGCAGGAACCCGACUCAAAUCGGCUGCAGCAGGGGGACCAACCAGAUCAGCAGCAGUCUGAGUUAGCAGGUGACACCGACCGUUGGGUGGAAGAACAGUUUGACCUAGAAGAAUACGAGGACCGGGACGAGGUGAAGGAGACAGACAUCCUGAGUGACGACGACGACGAGUUCUGUCAGACGCCCAGAGCUCCAUCCACCGAGGCCAGCUUAGAGGCCCCCAUCAUGGCUUUGUCCUUGGAGGGUGAGGAAACAGAGGAAGGUGAGAGCCUUACAUCCCCGACAGUCAGCGAGACACACGACGAUGUGAAGCUGGCCGACGCGGAGAAGCAGAGCGCUGUGAACGAUGACGACAUCGAGGAACAAAAGCAAGCAGAGAAGGAUGAGAUUUGGGUACGAAGGGAGCAAUCAGUUUCAUCCCCAGACUGUGGCACAUAAAGGCUGAAGAGGACAGGCAGAUAGCAUAUGUUUUAUCAGCUUUACAUGGGCUCCAUUAAGAUCAGUCAUCAGUCCUCACUAACAAUGCAUGGGCAUUGACGUAUAUAUCACACAGCUAGUAGAAGAUAUAUCCUUCCUUACCUUACUUUUUGCGGACUGCUAUUUGUACAGGUAAGAUCAUGAGUGGAGCAAUACAGGAAUCCAGAAUGAGGGAGCUCUAUCCCAAAUCAAAUGCUGUUACAUAAAAGUCAAGCGUAAGCUUUGAGAGAUGAAUGGUACAAUCAUGGAAUCUAAUCAGUCGCUUUGAUUGGCAUGGUUUGCACAUUUGGGCAGCAUUCUAUAGUCCUGCCUGCUGUUGCCAAAUUUGGGUAUUCUAAGAACAUUAAUAUUGUUUUGUCUGUGUGACUCAGAGAUAUUAUCAUAGUUAAGGGCUGUAUAUUAUUUGUCCUUAAAGAAAUAGAAUAAAUAAUUGCAAAGGACAGUCUUGUCUUGCAUCGUUUACUGUACUUGUACAUUUUCACAUGAAUAUACACUGACAUGUUUUGGGAACAGAUUUCCUGCUUAUGUGUAAUAUAUGAUUUUGAUCCCUUGUUUUACAGACUUAAAGCUAUCUUUUUAGCCUGGAAAAUAUUUUGUUUGAUCUCUUGUUACAUUUAAUAGUGGAAUUAUGUAAUAGCUCCUAUGUCACAGAGGCUGGGGGAUUAUAAUUUGUUUUAAUUUAACAUAAUCCUGUUUUACUUGAAUUUGCAUUUGCUGUUUCAUGUCUUUUUAUUUACUGUGAAACCACAUUAUUGUUUUUUUUUCAGUAUUGCCAUUCAAAGAACACUUGACAUUAUAUUCAUUCCUAACAUUUCACGUGCACACUCUGUAUUGUAGAGAAUUUGCACAUCAGCUACUUUAAAAGGUCUUGUGUGUUCAAAAAGAUUGUUCACCUGUAAUGGAUUACAAAGCAAUGUUUUUUUUAAUUUAUUUAGAUGUAAAUUAAUUUGUUAGCAAAACAGCAUAAGUAAUCUUUUUUUUUUCCACAAAGAAAGUCCAAAUUUGCUCAAGCAAUCAAGGGGAAAGACUCGCAAUAUGCUUGAAGAGAGAAAGAAGUCAUACUUGUAAACAACUCAUUGUGCUACUAAGACUGCAUUUUUAUUACUGUGUGUAUAUAGAAAAAUGUAUUGAUAUCAUAAUAAAUACAGUUGUUUCCUACUUAUAAUUCAAA